UGAUGGAAUCAGGCGGGAAUCAAAUCGACGGGGAUCAAUUGUUGGCUCAAGGCCUCGUUGAAAUCGAGGAGGAACAGAUCCAUAUUGUUAUGUUAUGCACAAGCUCGAACCAGCGUCAUGCUUGCCGGAGGAAUCACCCACCACCGUAUCAAUCUGGUGGCUCUUCAACCCUGGACCACAUUGUCUCCGACCUGCCGCCUCUUCUGCAAGUGUUGCUAGUGAGUCGCUUCCCUCGCCAAACAAAAACACCUAGACCCACUGCCGCUGCUCAAAGAUACAACCUAGUCACCCCUGAGUCUGUGCUGCCGGACAUAUCUUCCAAGCACCCUCAAACCCAAAUUCUAGAUUCGUCUAUCGCCCCGAAACAAAACUCCUCCACCGUUGUGUUCAAGCACCGAUGUCGAAACAAUCAAAGCCCAAAGUCUCUCAGCUGGCAGAGCCGGAGAUCUCUGUCAAAACUCAGAGCCUCCACUCCGUCUUAG